AUGGCUGAUAAAGGAUCAUUUACACGGCGCAGGCCAGAUUUGGAAUUUUACCUGCACCGUGUCUUUCGCAAAAAAUCAUUCCGUCCUCUCCAGCGAGAAGUCAUCAAGGCAGUCGUUGAAGGUCAUGAUGUCUUCCUCCAAGCAUCUACAUCCUUUGGCAAAAGCUUGUGCUUUCAGUUGCCAGCCGUAAUUAGCAAUGGGUUGACAGUUGUGAUUUGUCCUCUCCUCGCGUUAAUGAUGGACCAAGUCAAUGCUCUCAAAAAUAUAGGAGUGGAAGUCUCAACAAUAAACUCCAACACAACCAUAGCAGAGCGACGUCUUAUUCUAGACGAUAUGCGCUCAGGGCAUCCACGGACACGUCUUUUGUACGUAACUCCAGAGUUGUGUCAAACAGACAGCUUCCGAAGGAAUCUUCAACUCGUACAUCGUCAAGGACAACUUGCUCGUGUGGCCAUCGAUGAGGCCCACUGCAUGAGUGAAUGGGGCCAUGACUUCCGUCCAGCCUACCAAGAGCUAGGAUGGUUCAAAAAGAGUCUUCUCAACCCACCAGUCCCAAUAACAGCUCUAACGGCAACGGCAACUCCUCGAGUUCGCACAGAUAUCAUUAACAUGCUAGGUUUAGAUCCAACAAACCUCAAACUCUUCAAUACCCCAUCUGCCCGCCCUAACAUUCACUACGAGGUCAGAUAUCUCGAAAAUUACGAAGGGGAUGAAAGCGCCCAAGUCGAUAAUCUCCUAGCAUACAUCAGAACCAUCAAAAAAAGACGAGAAGCCCGUCUCGGCGUUCAGGAAGCCGCCCGCCAACCACCAAUGUCGGGAAUCGUCUAUGUUGGCCUACGAACUGUAUCUGAGCAGCUUGCAUACCGGUUAUCGCAAGACAAGAGUAUCUCUGCGGUAGCUUAUCAUGCAGGUCUUGCGCCACAGGAUCGAACUCGAAUUCAAGCAUUGUGGACAGAGCCCAAACAAGCGCCACAAACAGGUGACAAGCCAAGACCAAUGUUCUCGAUCAUCGUCGCUACAAAUGCUUUUGGUAUGGGAAUCGAUAACCCUCAUGUUCGCUUUGUAGUGCACUGGACACCGCCGCGAAGCUUUGAGGGAUUCGUUCAAGAAUCGGGUCGAGCUGGUCGAGACGGGCGCGCAGCUGCCUCUCUUGUCUACUAUAAUUUGAAUGAGCGUGAUCGUAUCAUCGAUCGUAUGAAUCGGGAUACGGAGAAUAUGCGAAAUCGCGGAGGACCGAAGGACGUUAUUGCGAGUCUGAUGAAGAAUCAAGAGGCACGCAUGGAUAGCUUUAAGAAGGUCGUGCGAUAUUGCGAGAGCGUGACUAGGUGCCGACAUGAUCUUAUUAAGGAUCUAUUUGGAGACUUUGAGCUGGAGGAAAUGGGUUCACAGCAGCCACCUUCCUCACAGGCAGCCAGAAUGGAUGGUUUUGGAGGACCAUGUUCUACGCCUUGCAACUAUGCUUGUGAUUUUUGCAAAGAGGGUCGCGUGUCUUUGGGAAAGCGCAAAAGGACGAUGUAUGCAUCUGAUUAUAUGAUUGACGAGGGAUAUGUUUAA